AUGUCUAACUUUUUAGUAAAAGAAGACCACAAAGAAUUUAUCAAAACCGAAGAAAAACCUUUUUUAAUCUUGUUCGUUCUUACACAUGUUGAGCAAAUCAAACAGCUCAAAGAAGAAGCAGAAAAGAUUCAGACUAUAUUGAGAACCAGACAUAUAAACUUUCUUGAACAAAUUCGACCUGAGCUUGAUAAGGAAACGUAUACUUCUUUGGAAUUCGAGGUCCUUAAAAGUCUGCUAAAGAAGAGAAAAAGGGAAGAGGAUACUGCUGCGGCUGCCAUUGCUCCUGAUAAUUCUGCUUCAACCGCUACCCCUAAUACUAGGACUACUGAUUCUAGUACUACAGCCACCAUAACUACUACCAACACACCUCGUCUUCUGCAAGCCAAUCAGCGCGAACAAGUUCAGCUGGCUUUUGAGAUCAUGGAUGACCAAAAGAAAUGGAAGUUAACGACAGGAAAAUAUUUAGAAGAUGUUGUUUAUCAACUAUCAAACCAGUAUAGCUACGAAAAUUUGUCACAUUCAUGGAUAGUUGAUUUAGAUGACACGAAUUACAAGAAAUACUUGAGCAAUGAGGAAAUAACUGAAGUCAUUUCUUCUCAUCCAAAACGCUUGCCAGAUAUCAGUCAUGACCUUGAUGAAUGUAUACAGAAAAUCUUGAACAAGUACGUUGAAUUAAAAUCAAGCAAUGAAAAUGAUUAUCUUGAAGCUAUGAUAAGCUACUGCAAGGAUCAGUUGAAAAAAUACGACAACAAGCAUGCAUGUCAUACUUUUAUGCUCUCAAUAACUAAUGUAAUUGACAAUGUUAUCUGUGGUAUGUUCCAUGAGAACGCCUCAGAAACAGAAAUUAUGAUCAACCUUUGGGUACAUCUUGUCGACGUUCAGCUAAAAAGGCAAGGAAAACUUAGAUGUAGACGAGGUGAAAUUAGCAGUAAAUCCUCUGCCAAUAGAAGAUUGAGAUUUGUUGAUCAAGUGGCAAGAAAGCCUACUGGGAAAAAGGCGGACUUGUUGAUUAAUUUCAAUGACUUGGAAGUGUCUUAUGGAGAGGCAUCUUUGUUGACAGAUCAAAAUUCAAAGAAAAAUAAUUUUGAUAAGACAAAGACAGUCAAGGUUUUGAAGGAUAUGCUUGAUGAUUUAUUUGAAGCAACUAACUAUGAUCAAGAAAAGAAAAAACAGAUCAUGACAGUUGGUUUUCAGUUCUCAAAAUAUUCUAUCAAUAUCAUGUAUCUUGACCAAGUAGAAGGUUUUUGUUGCCGGCUGAAGAAGACAAAGACUGUGACGAUAGAUGCAGAAGAUAUAGUCCCUUCUUUUGUUGCCGCCUAUCAAAUGGUGAACAAAGCUGUAGCAGUAUGUAGACAAAUUAGCGAUAUUGUCAUUGCAGCCCAACAGUAUCAGCAGCAAAACGAUUUUGAAGAACCUAUAUCUCUAUCAAAAAGACUCCAACUCCCUUCCGGGUUACAAACUCCCCCUCGUCUUUGUAAAAAGAAGCAAAACGCUGAUUGA